AUGGUUUGCCUCAAUAGGAUUCCGGUGAGAAUUGAGCUUGCCAAGAGAGGAGUUUCUUCUAUUUCAGAUGUUUCCUGUCCACUUUGUAGUAUCCAUCCGGAAAAGGCCGGUCAUCUAUUAUUCUCAUGUAAGAAACUGUUUUUCCAGUCAUGGCAUGAGGUUAGCAUUUCUCUUCCUCCUUUGUCUGUUUGGCAUAUCGUUCCUUCUUCUAUCUUGUGGUCUGUGUGGUUGUUUAGGAACGAUAUUGUCUUCAAGAGUGGUAGUAUAGAUUCUUUACAGUUAAGCUUCUUAGAGAAGUACCGUUUAGCCUCUUGGUUCAAGGCGAAGAAGAGCAAUGUGCCUUUGUCCUUGAAGGAUAUAGUUGCCAAUCCUUGGAUGAUGGAUAUUAUCGUAGUUUGGAAAAGUCUGUAA